GCACUCUCUUGAAUACCUUCAUUGAUCUAUAGCGUAUUUUCUAAAAAUAAUUUCUCCCUGUUUGCUUAUGUCAACACAACACGCCAAGCUCAAAGCGCUCAAAGGCAUGCUAACAGUCCUUUUGAUUCCAAGGGUCUUCAUUUCCUUGUGCUCUCCAGCGAGCCGGAAAGCAAAACACCAGCCAUCCUGCCAAGAUGAGUGACAGCGCUUCUCUGGGUCCUCCAGCACCAAGCCAGGGUCCCAUCACCCCACGCAAAGGUCCCCCCAAGUUCAAGCAGAGGCAGACUCGACAGUUCAAGAGCAAGCCUCCCAAGAAAGGCGUGAAAGGGUUUGGAGAUGACAUCCCAGGCAUGGAGGGACUAGGAACAGAUAUCACGGUGAUCUGUCCCUGGGAAGCAUUCAGUCACCUGGAGCUGCAUGAGCUUGCUCAGUUUGGGAUUAUUGGAUGAGUCAGAGCCUGCUCUCAAGAGCAUCUGGCAGUGGAUGCUGUGCUUUUACCCACCUGGUCCUUCUGAGUCUUGAAAUCCAGUAUUUGAAAGAAGUUUCUUUGACAUACAGUGUCUUUACCCA